AUGGGCCCCAUAGUAGACCCUAGCCAACCCAUUGGCAGAGUGACCACUACUGAUGAAAGCCUUCAACAGGAAGUCAGGAGUGCGAAGGCAUGUCUACUCUGGCCCAAAACAAAGAUCCGACUUGGAGCAUGGAAUGUACGCACCAUGUACGAAACAUCUAAACUUGCCCAGGUUGUCAGUGAGAUGAGAAGAUACAAGCUGGAUAUUCUGGGGAUCAGCGAAUGUUAUUGGACCAGAUCUGGACGCCACACAAUCAAUGAUGGAUCAGUUAUACUCCACUCAGGGCAUAAAGACAACACAGUCAUGGUGUGGCUCUAA